UGAUUAAAUAAAUAAAAAAUAAAUAGUACGGGAAGAAUUGUGUGUUGUAUGUGUAUUUCAAUUAAUUGAUUCAAUUGAAACGAAUUUAAUGCAAAUUAUUUGAAAAACAAAAAUUGUUUAUACAAUUCUACAAUUUAAAUUUUAAUCUUCUUUUAUACUAGAGCAAACGAUUUUUUAUUACCGAGAAACCUUAGAACAAAAUGAAUUGGUUGUCAUUAGCCAUUUCCAUAUCGGCUACUCUAAAUAUAGCGUUAGCUUGUAGUCGCGUGCCAACAGGUACAACUGCCGCCAAAUCACCGGCCGAUGAAAGUUAUGUGGUCUCAGUGGCCGGAAAUCCACAAACUUAUAUACCGGGUCAGAAAUAUAAUGUAUCCAUUAUAGCCAACAAUGAUCAAACUUUUAUUAGUUUCAUGCUGGGUUUGGAAUCUGAGUCGGGAGGUGGUUUUGAAGCGGUGGGUACAUUUGAAAUAGUCGAUUUGGCCGAAACACGCUAUAGUCCUCGCUGUGCAAAUUUAGUGGAAAAUACUAAUACCAAUAUUAAGACUCGCAUAGAUGUGGUUUGGGUAGCUCCCGCAAAUUCGAAUAUGGGUUGUGUACUCUUGAGAGCCACCAUAGUUCAACAUCGUGAUGUUUGGUUUAUGGAUGAUGGUUUCUUAACCAAAAGAAUGUGUGAAGAAGAAGUGGAUGAUAUUGAUACCCAGCCCAGUAUUACAGAGCCUUGUUGUGCCUGUUAUGAGGCCAAAUAUGAAUUAACCUUUGAGGGCAAAUGGUCUAGACAUACCCAUCCCAAAGAUUUUCCCGCUAAUAGUUGGCAGACACGUUUCAGUGAUAUUAUAGGAGCAUCACAUACUGUUGAUUAUCGUUUUUGGGAAUAUGGUAAAAACGCGAGUGAAGGUUUAAGAGAAGUAGCCGAACAUGGUUCUACCAGGACUUUAGAAAGUGAACUGAAAGAAAAGAGUGAUCAAAUACGUACUAUUAUCAAGGCUCGAGGUAUUACAUAUCCCAAUAUAACGGGUAAGACAUUUGCCGUUUUUCGUGUCGAUUCAAAACAUCAUUUGAUAUCUUUGGUUUCAAUGAUUGAUCCCUCACCCGAUUGGAUUGUGGGUGUUUCCGGGUUGGAAUUAUGUUUGCCAAAUUGUACUUGGGUAGAGAAAAAGGUUCAUAAUCUCUAUCCCUGGGAUGCGGGAACAGAUAGUGGACCUUCUUAUACGUCUGCCGAUCAACCUCAAUUACCACCCGAUGUUAUAAGGCGUAUCAAACCCAAUUUUCCCAAUGAUCCACGAUCACCAUUUUAUGAUCCCUCUGGCGCACCCAUGAAACCUUUGGCAACAUUGUACAUAAAUCGCCGACGUUUAUACGAAAAGACCUGCGAUAAGUCCGAUGAUGAAGACGAACCGCCACAAUGUGACACCACCGCUUGGUCUCGCUGGGAUGAGUGUAGCGCUGAAUGUGGUCCGGGCAAACAAUAUCGUACGAGAGAAUUUAAAAAUGCCGCCUUAGCUUGGCGUUUCAAAUGUCGUACAAGUCUAAGGGAGGAGCAGGACUGUACCGGCAGUAAAUGUAAUACAUUUGAUGAGGAGGCAGCCGCUGCCAUAGAAACGGAAAAUUUGCAAGUGGGCCAUACACCCGAAACACCAGAAUGUGCCAUAUCCGAUUGGGGUGAAUGGUCUUCAUGUUCGGUAUCUUGUGGCAUAGGCACAGAGAGGCGUACCAGACAUUAUUUAAAUCCUCGAGCUAAGAAAAAGUGUCAGCAAGUCAGUCGUGUUAGAUUGCAGGAGCAACGUAAUUGCAAGGGAGUGGACUGUGGUGGCGAUAUUAAUGGCAAUGGCAACAAAAACAACGAGGAACAUGAGACCCAGGUGGAUGGCACCCGAUCUCUGUUUGGCAAUAUAGAUAAUGAAAUACGUUAUCGUGAUUUGGAGAGUUUAAGUCAAAAACUCGAUGAUUAUAUACCACCCGAAUGUGGUGUUUCUCAUUGGUCUGAUUUCUCACCCUGUUUGGGUCCUUGCGGUGGAAUUGGCACUAGUGAACGUCUACGUGUCGUCUGGAAUAAUGAUGAAGUUUACGGAGUACGUAAACCCGAUCAUGACGACAAUUUAGAUCCUUGUCGUCAUAUUAAACGUAGGGAAGUGGUAAAUUGCACUAUACCCAGUUGUGAUGCCAUUGUGCCCUCACUGUGCUAUGAAGAUCUUAAGGUUAGUUCGUGUCGUGAUAGUGAUGUUACCAAUUAUUGGUUCUAUGAUCAUAUGAGCGAUCAAUGUGCCAUUUUCUGGGCUGACAAAUGUGAUAAAAAUCGCAAUAAAUUUCCGUCGAAAGAGGCGUGUGAGGAAACCUGUCGUCAGCCAAGACAAAAAAUGGAAUUGCAAAGUGAAAGUUUACAAGUGGCCCCCAUCGAUUGUUUAGUCUCCGAUUGGGUAAGUCAUGCCUGUAAUGCCACUUGCGGCGAUGGUGUACAAAUCAAAACCCGCAAAGUUUUAAGAUCGCCCAAAUAUGGUGGUAAACCUUGUCCCAAACAUUUGGUGCGUUUGGAAAAAUGUUAUCAACGUUGUGAAGACAUAUAUUCAGUGGAUGGUUACAGUUCUGCCACUUAUACCGGGGAACGUCGACGUAAUACGGCCAAACAUCAUUUUAGGGCACAGGAGAAGGAAAAGAAUGAAUGUCGCUACUCCGAGUGGUCGGUUUGGACUCCCUGCACUGUGAGUUGUGGAGAUAAUUCGUAUCGUCAAAAGACUCGUACUCUACUCAACACCGAUUUGAGUUAUAAGUGUAAGGAUCGCGUAAGAAUUGAAAAAUGUUCAAUGCUACCGUGUCUUUUGAAUAGUAAUGAUGACACUGACAAGUGGUAAAGUUUCAAUAUGGAGAUUAUUUAGUAGUUUAGUAAUUAGAAAAAAAUUAAUAUGAAAAUGUGUAUUUGUAUUAACUUAAUCGUUUAAUUAAUAAAAUAUAAUUAAAAAAAUAAAAAAAA